UGAAAAAAAACAGAUAGGAAUAACGGUUAAUCGAAGCUGUAGAAUUAUUCUGUUUUCUCUGGCUCGAUUAUUAACAAAUUAUUUAAUGAGGAUGAUUAGGCACUUUAUUUCGAAAUCCCUUAAUGUCUUUUACAGCUUUAGCCCUCCUUUUCUCCCAUUUGUCAGCAUUGCACUUGGCCAGUUAAUAAAUUUGCUUUCACGUUUCCGCUCUUCCCAUUAGCCUAAUUUGUAAUAUUAGUUUAUUUCAAUUGUGGGAGAGUGAGGAAUUUGCCUAAUGGCAAACGACUCGGUAGAACAGAAAAUAUUACAUACAUCUGUUCAUAACACUUUUUAAUAAAAAGCCAGAACUUUUUGCAUAGUUGGACAUUGUUCAGAAUUCUGGCAAAUCACAAAGUGCAAUUGAUAAAAUUAAAACAGCUCCUCGGCUCGCAUAACAUGCAAAGAAAGUCAAAGAAUGCGGUGUGCUCUUUUUCGUAAAAUCUUUAUUUAGUAUCUUUUUAUGAGUGGGAAAAUUGCGCGUAAUUACACACACAAGGACACACCCUGGAGAAUCUGGUGUCUCAAAUGAGAUAGAGAAACAAGCUUGUCGGAUCUCAUGACCAGCGGCUACUCUAAGCGUGCAUCAAACUGACAUGCGCAGUCACCUUCUAGUCCUCGUGCAGCGAGUGGGUUUGUGGACAUGGCCUGCAAGUCAGGUUGCAUUUUGUCCAUCUAAUGCCAACAAAUUUUAAGAGAACUGAUUGGAGUCAAGGGAAAAUUAACAUUUGAUAAUUUUCAGCAAGAGAUGUUUUCUUUCCUUCAAGAUUAAACAUGAUUCCCGGUGCAUUGACAACGAGUCGUUUAGGCCCGACUGGCCUAAAUUUUGGAAAAGAAAGUAAAUGGUAUGUGACACAUAUUGAAGACAACAGUGGUUUCUUUUACUUGCAGCAAAGCGACAGUUCAAUAUCAGUGAAAUAUGAACGGCUCAGCCAGGAGAUGGAAUCGGCAAUUGCGGCAGGCAAGCUUCCAUGCUUCAGCUCAGUUCCUGGAAUUGGUGAGCUGUGUGUUGCGCAGUUCACCGAGGACGAGCUGUGGUACAGGGGGCAAAUUUUGAGCAUAGAUGAAGAAGAUAACGCAGAACUUAUUUUUAUCGAUUAUGGAAACGGUGAGGUAUUGCCUUGGAAAGCAUUAAGAGUGAUCCCAGAAGAAUUCAGAGAGCUGCCUCCACAGGCAAUUCAAUGUCGUCUGGCAAACAUAGACCCAGUUGGGGGAAUUUGGAGCAAGAAGGCAAUAAAGCUUUUGAGGGAGUUGGUACUGGACAGAGAGCUUGUUGGGGUCCCAACCCAUUUGUGUAAAACAGGAGCUGUAGUGAUAAAGCUUUUUGGAGAUGUUGAGAAAUCAGUUGUGGUUGCCAAACAACUUGUGAUUGCUGGUUUUGCCCACUGGAAAAAAGUGAAGUCCUCAUUAAGCCAGUCAAGCUCUAGCACCUCCAGCUCAGUUAGCGCUUCACUGUCCGUCACUGCUAAACCAGGUGGACCAGGAGAGGUACAUCUUAAAGCUGGUUCUCAUUAUGAUUUGUGCCUUUCACACACAGAUAGCUUGGAUAGCUUCUACUGCCAACCAAUUCAGUAUAGGGAGAGUUUCAGGCAGAUGGAUGAUGAAUUGCAGCAAUUUUAUAGCUCAAGCCAACAUGACAGUCUCAAUCUGGUAAACAUGAAUGUUGGCCAAUUCUGUUGUGCAAAAUUCUCAGAAGAUAAAAGAUGGUAUAGAGGCACCAUAAAGCAAUUGCAUGGGGGCAACAGGUGUGAAGUGCAGGCUGUUGAUUACGGACACAGAGAAGUGUUCCCGGUUUCAGUGAUAAAGGAAUUACUCACCAAAUUCCAUAAUCUCCCAGUUAUAGGUCUCCAUUGCGGUCUCCGUGGUAUCAAACCAGCUGACCAGGAAGCUGCAUUUGAUGAAGAAAUUGUAAAGAAAUUUGAAGACAUGAUCAUAGAUAAAGAUUUAGUAGGCCUUGUAAAUACAGUUGAGGACUCAGGGAAAGUCCUUUUAACAAUUUAUGACACAACAGAAUCAAGGGAUGGGGUAAAUGUCAACAAAGAGCUUGGUAAAUUAAGCAAAGAGAUCUAUAAAUAG